UUUACUUCAAAAGGAUGUUUUACAUUGUACAUAAAAUCAGUAGUUCUUUCAAACAUGCUAUUGGAAGAUGUUUUUUUGGCAACUAUUCUUCUAAAUAUUACAAAUGAUUCGUAUGUUACACAAAAAUCCGUAAACGUCUACAGUAAUGCGUAUGACAUUGCAGUUGAUGCAAUCAAAAAUAAAACUUUCAAUGUUGCAACUGUACAUUACCCUCCUAUAAGUUUCUUGGAUGGAGAUAAAGGAUCUGGAAUCGCAUUUCAUAUAUUUAAUGCCAUGCAAGAACGAUUUCAAUUCAAAUACGAAAUCGUUCAAAAAAAAGAAGACACCAUGGUUUCCAUAACGGAAAUUUCGGAUAAAUAUGGAAAUGAAACCGACAUAGCAGUUGCAGUUUUCCCUGUAAACGGAAAAAUCAACAAAAAUAUGAUAUACUCUGUUACCAUUGGAAGUAUUCAAUGGCAUAUCCUUAUGAAAAGACCGAAGCUUUCGGCUAACGGUUCUGGUCUUUUACAACCAUUUACUUGGGAGGUUUGGAUUUUAGUUGUAAUAACGCUUUUAGUGGUUGGAGCUGCAAUGUAUUUUAUUGCUUUUAUUCAGUCAAGAUUUGAAAAAAGAGUUGACAAAAAAAUGUUUUCUUUGCAAUCUUGUAUAUGGUUUGUCUAUGGAGCCAUAUUGAAACAAGGAAGUACUUUGAAUCCUGUAACAGUUUACAACGACUGGUCGAAGCCGGCUUAA